AUACACACGUUUCCGAAUGUUGCUACAUCAUAUUAAAUUAUUCUAAAAAUUCGUAAUUCCAAAAUUGAUCUCAUUAGCCUUCAAACUGUCAAAAGCAGAUGGGUUUUAAUUCAGAGAUAGAUAAGUGAAUAAAUGACUAGAUAGAUAAGAUAAAAAUAAACAAAACUAUUGAAGUAAAGUGGGGUGAUAGAGGAUAGAUCAAUUUGUUGUAAUAGUUUUUAAUUAUUAAUCGAAAAGAAAAUGUCCGAAAUUCAAAUAAAGCCAGUGAACGAGAAAGAUUUUCAGGAUUUAAAAAAUCGUAUGAAACUAAUAGCAGAAGCCGAUCCUACGCAAUAUCACAAUGAUUUUUCGUUAAAACGAUACCUGCGAGCUUUUAAAACUGCUGACGAUGCUUUUAAGGCUAUUUUAAAAACGAACAAAUGGAGAAAAGAAUAUGGAGUAGAAAAUCUAACAGCGGAUUCUCCAGAAGUGAGAACAAAUUUAGAAACGAAUAAAGCGAGGGUGUUAAGACACAGGGAUAUGAUCGGUCGACCUGUGAUUUAUAUUCCCGCAAAGAAUCAUAAUGCCACUAAUAGAGAUAUCGAUGAAUUAACGAAAUUUAUUGUAUAUUGUUUGGAGGAUGCUUGUAAAAAAUGUUUUGAAGAAGUAGUAGAUAAUUUGUGUAUAGUAUUCGACCUCAAAGAUUUCGGUGUUGGUUGUAUGGACUACCAAUUGAUCAAAAAUAUGAUUUGGUUACUCAGUCGACAUUACCCCGAACGGCUGGGAGUUUGUUUGAUCAUAAAUUCGUCAUCGUUAUUCUCCAGUUGUUGGGCUGUGAUCAAAGGAUGGUUAGACGAAAACACCACCAGCAAAGUGACUUUUGUCAAUUCGGAAGAAGAAUUGUGCAAAUAUCUAAUACCUGACAUAUUACCUACAGAUAUAUAAAUUUACAGUUCCUAGUAUUAAUUUAUAACAUAUCCACCUCCUCUAUUUAAGUAACAACACAAUUUUUUACUUAAAAAUUUUUUUUAUAGUUUAAUUUAAAAUUUUUGGACGGAAACAAUAAUAAGUGUGUUUUUUCACCCCUAGGAUAUCCAUUGAUGGUUAUUUCCAUUCCCUUUUCAUUCUCUUUUCUAACUACAGAUCCGGUUUAGCCUCCUGUGUCUUUUCUAAUUGUUAUACGAAGUGCGGAUGUAAACUAGUCUUCUUCAGAUUCGAUUCCUGUUUGUUGUGAAUCGCCUGGUCCGAAAUCUGGAUAAUAAGGUGGAUGGGAUGUUCUAAUCUCUCUAAUUUACAACAUUGUGCCAUAACUGAAUUAAAUUUCAUUUUUGUAUUGUAUUUGAUACGAUUUUUUCAAGAUCUUUUGUAGGAAGAAUUUAUUUCUAUCGAUGUAUAGGGUCGUGGUACCACGGGAGAAAAAAACGUAUUGAAUAUCUAUCGAAAAUUUCCUUUUUACUUUUUCUAUUUAUAAUAAUAUUUUUUUUCAAUUUUUCUGUUUUACACAACUUUUUUUACCUAUUUAAAGGCCAUUUUCAUCAAUAAAGGACAAUUUCCAACCCAUUUCGAAUUUCCUCAACUUUGGAGAAAAAUAGAUUUGGCUAUGUCGCAAUUUUCAUAUGUUUUCCUAUUGUUGGCUUAAGUUUUCUUUAGUUCCGAGAAAAUAUAGGUUUGGUAACACAUCAAAUACGAAAUGCUUUUCCAUAUUAGAUUAUCGAAUUUAAUUUUGUGGAGCCAUAAACAUGAAUAGUUUUUCUAUAGAAUUAAUCAAAUUUCUCCAUCUUCUAGAAAAAUUAAACUCUGCAAUAUUGUAGUACUUCUUGAUAUAUAUAAUUUCAACAAAUUUCCUCAAAUUUGGGAAAACUAAGUCUGGCAACAAAGAUUUCUCUUUGGCAUGUAAUCAAAAGUGUUCAGAUUUUUUUUUGGACCAUUUUUUUAUCUUUGAAGAAAACUGUGUUUGGCAACACCACAAAUCCUAUAUUCUUCCGUAUUAUUCGUCAACUCUACGGAAAAAUAGAUUUACUUUGGCAAUGUCGUUGUGUUUUUCUAGUGUAGUUAUCAAAUUUUCUCCCUUAUGGGAAAAUAUUUCGCCUGGCAAUUCCGCAACACUGUUUUCGUUCGCCAUACAUUAAGUUUUCAAAUGGAAAAAAGUUUUAAAUUCAAAUCUCUACAAAAUAGAAUUUUAGUUUUAAAUCUGAUUGAGAAGAUGAUAAUUUCGUUACCAAAACGUUGAUCGUGUGUAGUAUUAGGAGAAGUUUCAUUUUAACUUUAAAUAAAUUGAACAAUUUUUUGAAAAUGGUCUUAAUUAUAAAUUUUAUAUAAGUUUGUUAUUUAUAGUACUCGUUAAAAUAUACGAGGACUAUUUAAAAAGUAACAUACGUUAUGUAAUAAAAAGUAAAUACAAUUAAAAAAAAUAUUUUGCAAAAAA